GAGUGAUUAGGAAAACAAGCUCAAUCCAGAUGCAUUCUCCUGGAGAGAUCUCAGGAUAUUUCUUUUCUUAGACAGGGUCAUGUUCUGUCACCCAUGCUGCAGUCCAGGGGUGCAAUCAUAGCUCAUUGCAGCCUCUGUCGAGCCUCUCGGGCUCAAUGGAUCCUCCUGCCUUGGCCUCCCGAAGCAUUGAGACUACAGGAAGAAACCACUGGGCAUGGCCUCAGAAACACUUCCGAAAUAAGUGCCUGAAUUCUUCAAAUGUGAAUGCCUGAAAGACACAGAAGAAGGCAAGGAAAAGAGGAACCAGGUGCAGGAGCAGAACAUGAGGGUGGACCUGGAAGGUGACCGUCGAAGCCCAGCCCCACACAGAGACAAAACCCAGGUAAGCAGCCCCCAGGCCCCCAAGACUUACGAGUCCUGACUCCUAGACAGAAGUGCAUGGAGCCAGCUGACACCAGCCGGCCGGAGCUGAUGUGCACAGCCCCUUCCACCUCUGCACUCCAUGAUGCCAGGGCAAGGCAGUGGGGACGGGAAAGGACCUGCGGCCACCUCAAUGUAGGAUCUGCACGCAGUCGGUGAGCAGUUAACUGGCCGGGUCAUUUGCAACCACAGCAGGAUGGGGCAGUGCCCCCCAGCCGGGUGGAAGCGACUCUCCCUCCACCCGCCCGGCCAUACCGGCCCCUCCCGCGGCCCCGCCCCUUCACCUGUGCUGGCCGCGCACCUGGAGCCGCCUCCGGAAGAGGGGACGGGAGACCUCGGAGGGAGCCCGGCGGCUUCGGCCACCUGUCCCCGCAGAUGCUGACAUGAGCUCUCCAGAUGGGCCCAGCUUCCCGUCGUCGGGGCUGCUUUCAGGGGGUACCUCCCCCAGCGGCGAUGAAGGCUUCUUCCCCUUUGUACUGGAGCGGCGGGACUCAUUCCUGGGAGGGGGCCCAGGGCCUGAGGAGCCAGAGGACCUGGCCCUGCAGCUGCAGCAGAAGGAGAAAGACCUGCUGUUGGCCGCGGAGCUCGGCAAGAUGCUUCUGGAGCGAAACGAGGAGCUGCGGCGGCAGCUGGAGGCACUGAGCACCCAGCACUCGGAGCGUGAGGAACGGCUCCAGCAGGAGAACCAUGAGCUCCGUCGAGGCCUGGCAGCCCAGGGAGCUGAGUGGGAGGCCAGGGCCGUGGAGCUGGAGGGAGAUGUGGAGGCCCUGCGGGCCCAGCUGGGGGAGCAGCGCUCGGAGCAGCAGGACAGUGGGCGAGAACGGGCGAGGGCCCUCGGUGAGCUCAGCGAGCAGAACCUCCGCCUCAGCCAGCAGCUGGCCCAGGCCUCCCAGACUGAGCAGGAGCUUCAGAGGGAACUGGACACCCUUCGGGGACAGUGCCAGGCUCAGGCACUGGCUGGGGCAGAGCUGAGGACGCGGCUGGAGAGUCUGCAAGGGGAGAACCAGAUGCUGCAGAGCCGCCGACAGGACCUGGAGGCCCAGAUCCGAGGCCUCCGUGAGGAGGUGGAGAAGGGCCAGGGCCGCCUGCAGACCACCCACGAGGAGUUGUUGCUGCUGAGGCGGGAGCGGCGGGAGCACAGCCUGGAGCUGGAACGCGCACGCUCCGAGGCCGGGGAGGCGCUGAGCGCGCUGCGGAGGCUGCAGCGGCGAGUCUCGGAGCUGGAGGAGGAGUCACGACUCCAAGACGCCGACGUGUCGAGCGCCUCGCUGCAGUCGGAGCUGGCUCACAGUGUCGACGAGGACGGCCAGGGCCAGGGCGCUGACGCACGCGGAGACUCCCCGACCACCCGAUCCCCAAAGACCCGAGAGGCGUCCGGGCCCCAGCCUUCACCCCCAGAGGAGAGCUUAGAGCCCCCCAGGAAGCGAGCAUCCCUCAGCCCAGCGGAGAUACUAGAGGAGCAGGAGGCGGAAGUGGCCAAGCUGCGAGAUGAGAUCGCGCUGCAGCUGGCGGAGCUGCAGUCCCUGCGGGAAGAGCGGCAGAGGCAGAAGGAGCUGCGGGCGCAGGACGACCCUGGGGAGGCCCUGAACAAGGCCCUCUCAGACCGGGACGAGGCCGUAAACAAGGCCCUGGAGCUGUCCCUGGAGCUGAAACGCGUCUCUCUGGAGCGAGACUCCCUGUCCCGGGAGCUGCUGCGCGCCAUCAGCCAGAAGGUGGCGCUCACGCAGGAGCUGGAGGCCUGGCAGGACGACAUGCAGGUGGUGAUCGGGCAACAGCUGCGCUCACAGCGCCAGAAGGAGCUGAGCGCCGCCGCGUCCUCGUCGACCCCGCGCCGCGCCGCGCCCCGCUUCUCGCUGCGCCUGGGCCCCGGGCCCGCCGGCGGCUUUCUCAGCAACCUCUUCCGAAGGACCUGACGGCGGGGCCCAGGGGGCUGCCCUUGCCCGCUUAAGGGCCCACUUUCCUCUUCUGACCAAUGGAUCCCCAGGGCACGGAUUGGCUUCCGAGAGGAGCUGAUGCCCUCCCCACCCCAGGAGGAUGGGCAAGGGCUCAUCGGGAGCGGAGCCAGCUUUCUGGGGCAGAAGCUCCAGGUGGGUGGCAGGGGCAGGUGAACAGCUGUCGAUUUUCCGAAUCAAUAUAGGUCUGUCUUCUCCAGG